CUUCGGGUCUAGUCUUCCCGGACGCAAUGAGCUCCUUCCAGGGACAGAUGGCGGAGUAUCCAACCAUCUCCAUUGACCGCUUCGACAGGGAGAACCUGAAAGCCCGUGCCUACUUCCUUUCGCACUGCCACAAGGAUCACAUGAAAGGAUUAAGGGCUCCUUCCUUGAAAAGAAGGCUAGAAUGCAGCUUGAAGGUCUUCCUGUACUGUUCUCCAGUCACUAAGGAGCUGUUGUUAACUAGCCCGAGGUACAGAUUUUGGGAAAACCGAAUUAUAGCAAUUGAAAUUGAAACUCCUACCCAGAUAUCUUUAGUUGAUGAGGCAUCGGGUGAGAAGGAAGAGGUUGUUGUGACUCUCUUACCAGCUGGUCACUGCCCAGGAUCAGUUAUGUUUUUAUUUCAGGGCGGUAAUGGAACUGUCUUAUACACAGGAGACUUCAGACUGGCAAAAGGAGAAACUUCCAGAAUGGAGCUUCUACACUCUGGGGGCAGAGUAAAAGACAUCCAAAGUGUGUAUUUAGACACCACUUUCUGUGACCCAAGGUUUUACCAAAUCCCGAGUCGUGAGGAGUGCUUGAGAGGGAUUUUGGAGCUGGUUCGGAGCUGGGUCACGAGGAGUCCGCACCACGUCGUGUGGCUGAACUGUAAAGCAGCUUAUGGCUACGAGUAUUUAUUCACCAACCUGAGUGAGGAGCUGGGUGUCCAGGUUCAUGUGAACAAGCUGGACAUGUUUAAAAACAUGCCUGAUAUCCUGCACCAUCUCACGACGGAUCGAAACACCCAGAUCCACGCCUGCCGCCACCCAAAGGCAGAAGAAUGUUUUCAGUGGAAUAGAUUACCCUGUGGUAUGACUUCCAAAACCAAAGCUGGACUCCACGUAAUCAGCAUCAAGCCAUCCACCAUGUGGUUUGGAGAGAGGACCAGAAAAACAAACGUGAUCGUGAGGACCGGAGAGAGCUCAUACAGAGCGUGCUUCUCUUUUCACUCUUCCUACAGUGAGAUUAAAGAUUUUUUGAGCUACAUCUGCCCAGUGAAUGCGUAUCCAAAUGUCAUUCCAGUCGGCCUCACUGUGGAUAAGGUCAUGGACGUUUUAAAGCCUCUAUGCCGAUCUUCCCGAAAUGCUGAACCAAAGUACAAACCACUUGGAAAAUUGAAGAGAGCAAGAACAAUCCAUCUUGACUCAGAGGAAGAUGAUGAUCUCUUUGAUGACCCUCUACCAACACCCUUAAGGCACAAAGUUCCGUACCAGCUAACUCUUCACCCUGAGGUGUUUUCAAUGAAGGCACUGCCAUUAGACCAGCCUGAACUGAGACAAAGCCCAGGACGCUGCAAAGCAGAGAAUAUGCAGAGCCCUUCUUUGGCCAACUUUAUAGACUGUGACGAAUCCAACAGUGACAGUGAAGAAGAGCUAGAAACUACAUCCUCACUGCAGGGAGCUCUGGGCCCCACGACACUCCCCCAGCAAAAUGCUGAUCUAGAUGCGGACAUACCACAGUGGGAAGUAUUCUUCAAAAGAAAAGAUGAAAUCACAGAUGAAUGUUUGGAAAACUUACCUUCCUCCAUAGAGACAGGGGGAUCUCAGUCACCAAAGUUUUUCAGUGACUCACCAAAGCUCUGCAGUGACUCUGAUGGAGAAUCCACCCAUAUCUCUUCCCAGAAUUCAUCUCAGUCAACCCAUAUAACAGACCAAGGAAGUCAAGGCUGGGACAGCCAGUGUGAUACUCUUUUGUUAUCGUCCCAAGAGAAAGGUGGUGGGGAGAGCACCUCCUUGAACAAGGGCACCUAUAAAGCCCAAAUCAAAGAGAGUACUUCUACCUCUCAAAUACAACAGGAUGCACUUUGUCCACAAGAGACUUACUGUGAUUUGAAAAGUGGAGGUGAAGUAAAUGGAGUCCCUUGUAUUGGAGACGCAGAUACUGGGAGCGGCAGGAAAUCUCCACCUGAGAAAACACUGCUCACCAGCACACAUGCAGACUCUCAGAGCUCCUCCGAUUUUGAAAUCCCCUCAACUCCAGAAGCUGAGCUUCCUAAGCCAGAGCAUUUGCAGUACUUAUAUGGAAAAUUGGCAACAGGACUGUGGUCAAUAGAGUCUGAAGAUAAUUCUCCAGAACCUGAAAAUACAGGAAGAGAAACAGAUAUUUGAGAACGGGGCUGGAAGAUGGCUCGGCAG